AUGGAUGACUGCAAUUCAGAUAUAAUUGAACAAGCUCGUCAAUUGUUUAUGCAUUGUGAUACAGAUGAUUGUGGCUAUUUAACACGUCAAGCAUUAGAUCGUCUUAGUGAUCGUUUACCAUUGACGAUUUCACAACUGGAUUUUGUAUUCAAUUUAUUAGAUAAAGAUAAAAAUGGGCAAUUGACUUUGGAUGAAUUCAUUCAAGGUUUCGGUCAUUUCCUAGUUGACAAAGCAGCAAACAAUUUAUUAUUGGAUGAAGAAAUUGACGAACAAUACAAUCAAAUUAUAUCAUCAUUAGAUCCAGAAAAUGUAUUAAAAAGCUAUGAACAAGUAAAACAUAUAUGGAAAUACAUGAAAUUGGCUAAUUCACAUUUAUUACCAGAAUUUGAAGAUAUGUUAAGAGCUAUAAUGAAAGAGGUUAAUGGUGCUAGAGUAGAAUAUGAAAAUAUGGAACGUAUGAUACAAAAUAAAAUAAUGAAACAAGAUGAAGAAUUGCACAAUUUAGUCGAAGAACUCGAGCUACAAGUUAAUCAAGAAAAAGAACAAUUAAAACAAAAGGAAGAACUCAAGGAAAGAGAACUGAAAGAAGAAUUAAAUAACAAAGUACAGGAAAAAGAAAAAUUGUUAAAUGACCUUGUACAACAAUUUGAAAAAGCUUCUAUCAAAGUAGAAGAACUUCAAAAGAAUCGAAUGAGCAUUGCGCAAGAAAAAGAGAAAUUAUUACAAGAAAAAGAAGAUCUAGAACGUAAAUUAGAAGAAUCACAAGAAAUGUUAAAUGAAUGUAAAGAUUAUAUUGAUACACUACAGAAGAAAGCACGUGAAGAACGUCGACGUAGAGCAAAAGCAGCCAUAGAACUUAGUGAAGGCAUAGCAUUAGAACGUGAAACAUUAGUAAGACAACUCGAUAUGUUACGGACUAUUAAUCAGAAGUUAGUUGAUGAACAAGAGUUUAAAUCCCAAACGCUUUACGCAGUGAAAGAAACAUCACAAACAAUUGAUUUACGUGAUUUUCACAGUAAAUCACAAUCAUUUGAUAUGACCAGUGCAAAAGCUUCAGAGACAACAAUAAAAGAUACUGCCGCUUUACCACAUUUACUAUGUAGUUCAACUGAUUUGGAUGCGACUAAUUUUGAGAUCGCAGAUGCAAGAAGAGGUUCUACAUUGAGUAAUUAUUUCACACCAGUAAUACUAAAUGAGGACAGUAUACGUGAAGGAGAUCUUGGAAAUAUUGAUGAAGCUGAAGAAUACGAAGAAGUUUUCAACCAAUAUCCUGGCAGUAUAUAUACCCCUCGUAUUCGAAAAACUUCACAGAAAUCUCGAGCACAUAUUAAUGAUUCAGCUGAAGUACGUUAUAUGGCAAAUGGAAGAAGAGUUUCACCUGAUGGAGCCUCCUACAUGAGUUCAAAUGCUGACUCGACCACUAAUGGAUCAUUUGCUGAACGUGUCUACAAAGUUAUAUUUGUUGGUGAUUCAGGUGUUGGAAAAUCAAGUAUUAUAAGAAAAUUUGUAUCUGGUGUAUUUGAUUUAAAUCUUCCAUUAACUGUGGCAAUUGAUUUUCAUGUGAAAUUUAUGCAUUGCGAUGGGACUAAUUUGUAUCUACAAUUAUGGGAUACAGCUGGACAAGAGAAAUUCAGAAGUAUUACACGACAAUAUUAUCGUAAAUCAGAUGGUGUAAUUAUUGUGUUCGAUGCAACUAAUGAAUCAAGUUUUUUAGCCGUCCGUUCAUGGCUUCAAUCGGUUACCGAAGAAACAGACGAGAAUACCGUUAUUUUAAUUCUGGAAAAUAAAUCUGAUCUCAUUGAAGAAAAUGAUAAUAAACGUGCAGUAUCGCGAGCUACAAUUGAUAAAAUUGUUCGCGUAUAUAAAACAAUGUGCUUUGAAGUCAGUGCAAAAACUGGGCACAAUAUAGAAGAGGCGUUUAUGGUUAUGGCAAGGAAACUUAAAGAAAAAGAAGUUUAUGAACUUCAAACUCUUCAAAAUUUAAAGAAUGAUGCAAAUAUUAAGAAGAAUACAUGUUGUCGAUGA